AUGGAGGACAAGGGAAAAUAUGAAAAAAAGAAAAUGCGGCCGAUCGCAGGCAACACUAGCAAGGAAAUAUCUCAAUACUUCCGCUCCAAGAACGAGGAAUGCAAUGUCGUCAAGCACUAUCCGGACUGGGAUGCGGUGCGAGGCGAGCCGAUACUCGAUCUGAUGCGGGUCGGCCGCGAGCUGCUGAACGUCGACGCCGAUCUCGAGGCCAAGCGCCUGGAGUACGACCACCGGCGACACCUCUUCGACCAGCAGUGGAAGGAUCUGCGCCGCAAAGAGAUCGCGCUCAAGAAGUCCUUCGUCAAGUUCGACGAAUUCGUGCGGGAGAAUCGCGAGAAGCGCGAGAGAGCCGACCGCAAGAUACGCGAGGAGAAGGAGCGCCAGAAGAUACGCGAGACCGAGAUUCUCGAUCUGGAAAUAAAAUUGAAACAAUUGGAAAAAGUACGAGACCGCAUGAAGAGUUUUGUCGAAGAGUACAAGCCAUUUCAAGCGUAUCUCGAGGAGCUGCUCAACUCCAACGAGUUUCAGUCCAUAGCCGAAAUUUUCAAUCGCUACGAAACUUUGAUGGCGGCCAGAAUAAGUCUCAAUAUGAAUCAAGACAAGACUUUGGAGAGCCUAGAACUGACCAAUCUUCAAUUGCAAAAGUUGACGGAAAAAAGGGCUCAACAUCUGCUGGAUCUGAACAGCCGUCUGGCCAAAGCUCAAGCUCGAUACGAAUUGGCGCACGCCGAGUCGUUGAAGUGGGAAGUCGCCGUGGCUGAAAACAAGGACAUUGUGACGCAACAAGAAUUAGAGGAGACUCAGAUAAGAGAUUGCGUGUGGAAUCUGUACAACCAGAUGUGCUACCGCAAGGGCGUGUCGGCCGAGGCAAAGCGCGACGACCUCGAGGAGCAGCUGCAGAUGGUCAAGCGGACGAUCGUCGAGCUCGGCAAGAUCGUGAAGAUGGCGAGGCGCCGGGCGAGGCGCGAGCUCAAGGCCAUCCAGAAGAGCGAGUACCAGAAGAAGGUGAAGAAGGUCAUCCGGGCCAGGUCGUACAUGAGCCGCAUGAGUGCUCUGUCGACCGUCUCGAGGUCCCGCACCAAGAGCAUGCGCAGCAUCGCCAGCACUUGGGACACUCGCAGCAUGAUCAGCACCAUCUGA